UCUACAGGAAUCAAAAUGGCGCUCUUCGAAUCUACUUCGAAACAACUUGUUAAGGACACAGGGAGGUCCUCACUUCACCCAAUAGUUGACCUCAACUCAGCCUCUCAAUGCAMAAUUAUGUGUAUUAUCGAAAAGAAGAAAAGUCGCUGGUUUUGGAGGCCGACGAAAUAUCUGCCAACUCCUUUUACCUUGAAUGAGCUCAUGACGAAGCCUAUAGAUGUGAGCAAGAAAAUAAAAACAUCAGAAUUUGUUUCAAACUAUUCCAACCAACCAACAUUACACGUAUCUGGUAAACUUGGUGGGAARAUAGCMAAGGAACUWGGUAUCGAUGUUUCCACAGCUGAUUCUUUUGUCGUUAAAAUGGACCUUGGGUCCAUCAAUAAGAGUGAGAUAAGAUGGCAGGAUUUGAAUGAUGCUUUGAAGGACCAGACACUCAAACUGGACCAUGAAUUUGUACAAGCCAUUUUGAAUUGUAGAAGAAGAAGUCUUUGUAUAGUAUUCGAAACACUGAAUACAACAAAAGAUACAAAUAUACAGUCAGAUAUUCAAGUAGAAGGAGAUGCAGUUGCCAGCACAGAUAUUAUCAGUAAAGCAUCAGUUAACAUUUCUGGUUCCAUCAAGGACACUCAUCACCAUUCGUUUGACAUACCAAAUGGUACUGUCAUGGCUUAUGGAUGUUAUGGGUUGAAAUUAUUGGAAGGACUUGGUCUCAUAGAAUUAGAUGUCGAUAAGAAACUAAAAGAUGUUGUGACAGAUGCAACCGAUGGUAAACCUCCAGAUGCUUUCAGCAUGGAUCAACCUGAUGGUCCAGAUACUGCAUUGACAUCAGCAUUCAACGCUUUGAUGAAGUCGCCACACAAAGGUGAUAUAAUCAAGUGUUUCAGGGAGAUUUUAGCUACUCCAGAAUACUGCCAUGUAAUUGAGCAAUUGCUUGAUAAUGUUUGUGAUUACUUUGACAAAGAAAAAGUGAAAUCAUAUUCUCUUGAUGAAGUAAAGUCAUUGUUUGGCUCCUGCAAUUCAUGGGAGAGGCUUUUGACGAUUCUUGGGAUAACAUUCGACAGCAAAAAGGGUGGAAAGAUGAUUUACCCUGGGGAUGAUAAGAAGGAUGUAGUCUUGUCUUGUUGUGGGCUUGCAACUGCUCUACAUGGACUCACAAAUCUUCAGAACAUUGCCUUAAAAGAUGUCACUCCAGAAUACUGUGAUCAACUUUUGUACUUGAUAAGGAAUGCUAUAUGUGGUAAGAAUACACCAGCUGAUGAUCCAAGACUGAAGAGGAUUUAUACACAUUCAUCAAAUCCUGGAAAAAGUUUUUUGUUAGCUUUAGGCUUUCAGCUCACUAAACAGAAUGGAAAAGAUAUUUUGGCUUUGCCUCCAGAUCUUGAAUGUCCUUUAGAAGAUGCAUAUGUGGCAGUGUUUGUGAUGGCUAGUUAAGUUCUACAUGAGGAAUUUGGAAAAGAGAUCAGUGAUGGUACCUGAAGAGAAGUAGGCCUUUUGUAGUCAGACACUAAUAAUUAUAAUGUUCAAAAGGCAUAGAAUUAUUUGUAAUAUUAACAGUAAUGUACUUUGCAAUCUUUUUUUAAUCAUUGACAGCCUUGUAAUAAUACAAAUGCAUAACUAUGAAUUAUGAUUCAUUCAACAAACUAAUAUUGACAAUGAUAUAUAUUUGGACAAGAGAAAUUUAGACUGGAAUUAUGUAAAUAGGUGUAAGUAGAAAUUAUAAUAAUCAAUGUCCUGAGUUGUUUUCUUGUAAGUUAUGCUAUAAUCACACUAAGUGCACAAUAGUUAGUCCAAAUUAAAAAGGAUCACAUUCAAUUAGUUUUUACUUUUUGAAAUUUUCAUUUAUUUUUCAAAUUAAAAAUCGAAAUAGGAAGCCUCCUCAAAGGUUUGUUAUACAAGUUAUGGGCCAAGAAUCGAAUUCUGAUGAGGGCCUGACAGCACAAUAGAUCUAAAGACUAUUUUUUGUACCUUUUAAUCUAAUUCAAACCUUACUGCUUAGAUGUAAUAUAGGUAUUAGAAGUCUGUAGUAUUUAAAAUAUAAUUCAUUUAAUUGCUGCAUAAUGUAUCAAUAGUGAUAUCUACCAAAAUGGAAAAUAAAAACAAGUUCAUCAAAUCAAAA